AUGAAUGUAAGACACUAUAAAAAAAGUAAUAAUAACAUAAUAAAAGAAAAAAAGAAAAAUAAAGAAAAGACCAAAGAUAAUGUAGCAAAUCAAAUUGAACACGUGAAGAGCCUCCCAUAUGAACGUACAGAAACUAUAGCAUAUGAUUCAAAUAAUGAAAAUAAUAAAAUCCAAACAAAUAAAAAAAUAUGGAAUAAUGAAGAUGAAGAUCCUUCUAUUCAUAGAACAAGUUAUGGCUUAGAAAAAAAAACAACUUAUAAUGAUGAUAUAUGGAAUUCAUAUGAAAGGCUGCCAACCACUCAAUUUUUAAAUAAUAGCAUUGAAGAUAACAGUUUGAAUAAUAAUAUUGACUAUGGUUCAUAUAAUAAACACGAUACUAAUGUUUAUAAUACACAAUUUUUUGAUAAAAAAAAAAGUGAAAUUUAUUUAAAUACAAAUAUCAAUGACGAUCAAACAUUAACAAAUGAUGAAAUAGAAAAGAGAACCAUGCGUACAUGCAAUAAUGUGAAAGCUACCCAAAAUAAUUUAAAUUUAAUAAAUAAAAAUAAAAAUCCUAUAUUAACCAAUAAAGAAUCAAAAUGUAAUAAAAUGCGCAUUCGAACUGAUCAAAAUUAUUAUGAGAAAAUACCCCUCAAAAAUAAAAAUGACCAUAUUAAAAAAAUGAAAAUCUUCAAUGAUUUGAAUUCUUUAACCGAAUCGAUAAGUGACAUACAAAAUGAAUCUGAAUCCCGAAAUGAUGAAUCUAAUGAGCCAAAUCUUAAGAAAAUUAUAAAACCAUAUGAUAAACCAGUGGCAGAAGUAAAUAAGCCAAUAUGUAAUGGAGUAACGAUAUUUUUUAAAGGUGAUAGACGAUUUUUUAAUUUUAAUAUACCACAGAAUGAAAUGAUCGAAAAAAAAGAUCUUGAAAUUAUGGAAUUUAUAAGUGAAGGAAGUUUUGGAGCUAUUUACAAAGCUAUGUGGAAUAAUCAAAUAAUUGCUUUAAAAAAAUUUAACUCAUCCAUGACUUUAGAGGGAAUGAGGUCGAUAGCCAGGGAGAUUAAUGCCUACAGAUCGAUUUCACAUAAAUAUAUUGUUAAGUAUUAUGGAGUCUGUAUAGACAGCGAUUUUAUUGGAAUAAUUUUAGAAUAUUUUAGUAAAGGGAAAAUAUUUGAUACUUUACACAAAGGAGAGUUUAAUUUAACUUAUGAAUUGCGUCUAAGAAUGUGUACUCAAUUGGCAGAAGUAAUGAAUUAUCUUCAUGAGGAUAAGAAAUUGGUGCAUCGUGAUUUAAAAACUAGCAAUAUUUUGUUUGAUGAUGAGUAUAAUAUAAAGGUAUGCGACUUUGGGAAAACUAUGAAGUUAUCAGAUAACGGAACGGUUAUAUUAGAAGACAAUGGAGGAUCCAUAGGAUACAUGGCUCCGGAAUGUUUUAUUGAAGGAAAUACAAUAACUGAAAAAUCCGACAUAUGGGGCCUUUCUUGCUGUUUUAUCGAAAUAUUUUUUAAUCAAGUCCCAUUUCAAAAUAUAAAAGAAAAAGAAGAUAUAGUUGUAGAAAUUUUAGUAAAUAAAAAAAAACCAAACAUUCCAAAAUGGUUCAACCCAGAGUUCACUGAAAUAAUCAAACGCAGUUUUAGCACUAACCCAUCGAAACGACCAUCAUGCAAAGAGUAUUUAAACUUGCUGCUAAAAUACUCACCAAAAACUAAUGCAGAACACCCUGAAAUAUCAUAG